AUGUCUAAUGCACAUUCCCACAGAUGUGAGGAGAAUCAUCAUGACUUUCUAGACCUUUGCAGGAGUUUAGGGCUCUUUGUGAUUCCGACGUUCGACCUCAAGUACUUCUUUCAGGAAAGCUGGUUGAUGCGAGACUCACUGGAGAGGGAAAAGGAAAUGCUGAAGCAUUUCGACAAUCUGCUCCUGAGUGUACGAAGCACUGAUCCAAUUCUGGCAUGGACAGUAAACUACGCCUUGCCCCUGAACGAGACCAUUCGACAAACGCCGAUGGACUCUUGGCAAGCAGAUGACGCAAGGCGCCAAGUCUACUUUUCCAUGGUGGCUGCUUUGAGGAAAGGACAUUAUCGGCGUGAGUGGCAGGACUCCAAAAACUUUCGGCGUCCAUUCCUCCUUCCGGUGGAUUUGGAUUCCCGAAGAUCAAAGCUCGAUGUGGCGUGGUAUAUGGCACUCGCCGAAGCAGCCUGGGCACCAUGGCCCACGGAUAUCAAGGACACUGAGGAUCUCAAGACCUUGCAACAGUUCGGAGCUUUUGACGGUUGGAUUGGCUACACCACCCCUUCAACAUCACACUUGGGUAGAGCCGAGACCAGUGAUCAGGCCAACGUUAUGACAUCCGCUGCCGGAGACCUUUCGCAGAAGCCCCCGAAUGUGAAGUCUGAAUUUCCGAAUUGCCUGAAGGAAGAAAGUGGAGUAGGUUGCAACUACAGAAGCCAAAAGAUCAAGAUCCUUCAGUUUGGCUUCAGCGCGUUGCAGCCUUCCGAAGCCACGUAUUUGAAAAUGGAGGUGAACGCAGAUACACAACAGAGCGCACUGAGAGAGGUUUGGCAGAACCGCAUUGGAGAGAAGAACUAUCACUGCACCUUGGGAGGUGUAGUCAUCGACCAAUGGGCGGAUGAUUGGGACCGCUGUGCAGCCCAGCGCGGAUUGCCCUCGAAUCCUUUUUCUCAGAACAUUGGUGGCAUUUGUGAUGAUGUUGCGAGCGACAAGCGCUGUCACCUCGAGUGGUAUGGUCUUAACGCACAAUAUGACUCCUUCGGGACUCACUGCAUCGAUGUCCGCUUCUUGUCUUUCGGAGGUGAAAGUUGGAAAGGCUUCCGCUUUGAGGAUGGGGUGGCCGACCAGGAGCUGGAAUCAAACGAAUUGCUGAAGGACGCAGGAAUUGACCUGUGA